CUUUCUGCCAGUUCAAAUACACAUGUUUGUUAGUUCCUCUAUGAAGAAGCGAGACUAAUUUGAAUCACUAUCUCUAAUUUGCCUCUUGCGUUACUUCUUCAUUUGACUUGUAAAUAUGAUGUGUGAAAUAUUUCACAGAUGUUUCUCAGACAUCACUAGAAACAGUAAUAUCUAUUUCACCAUGGCCUGAAAGGAAUUCAUUGGAGUAUAUUCUUUUUUUUUUUAUCAACGAAGUGUAAUUGGAGCAAGGAGUCUAUUCUAUUCUAUUUGAAUGCUUGGCACACCGACCUAGUUCAUUUUCAAAGAGAAAGAGUUUUUUUACGAAAAUACAGACUGCAGGGUAGAUUACAUCUCAGGCUAGAGAUAUACACAGACCCACCCACACAUAAAUAAAGGUGAUGAGGAAGGGGGAGGGGGAGGGGGAGCUUGAGCAAGACUUUUCAGGAACAGAUGCAAGAGAAGUGCAGAAGUGUAUAUUUCCUGCGCUAGAGUUUGGGCCCGGCUAGAGCGAUACCUUGCUUUAGGCUCCCUUUUUGUGACUGUUUUUGGAUCUUCAGAUUUCCCCCCUUCCAGCUUCGCGUCGACACCCUCGGAGGUAAUGCCUACCUACACGGUGACCGUGGCCACCGGCAACCAGUGGUUUGCGGGCACUGAUGACUACAUCUACAUAACACUGAUGGGCACGGGGCAGUGCAGCGAGAGGACCCUCCUGGACAAACCGAUGUACAACGACUUUGAGAGAGGAGCGGUUGACUCCUAUGAUGUGACCGUGGGUGAGGAUCUGGGCGAGAUCGUGCUGGUGAAGAUUGAAAAGAACAAGUACUGGGUGCAGGACGACUGGUACUGCAAGUACAUCACAGUCAAGACCCCAGGGGGCGAAUACCUGGAGUUCCCCUGCUUCCGCUGGCUGGUGGACGAAAAGGAAGUGGUGCUCAGAGAUGGACGAGCACGUUUGUGUCAGAAUGAAAAGACGAUGAUUGCCAAGAAGCACCGACAGCAGGAACUGGACAUGCGGCGUAGGACGUACAAAUGGCAAGAGUGGCAACCAGGCUUUCCAAUGAGCAUAGAUGCAGACAAACACAAGGAUUUGCCCAGGGACAUCCAAUUUGACAGCGAGAAGGGAGUGGACUUUGUACUGAACUACAGUAAAGCCAUUGAGAACCUGUGUGUGAACCAGUUCAUGCACAUGUUCCAGUCCUCCUGGAGCGACUUCGCCGACUUUGAGAGGAUCUUUGUGAGGAUCAAGAACACCAUCUCAGAGUACGUCAUGGAGCAUUGGAAGGAGGACUUCAUGUUUGGCUACCAGUUCCUGAACGGGUGCAACCCAGUGGUGCUCCAAAAGUGCACCAAGCUCCCAGACAAGUUCCCUGUCACCCAUGAGAUGGUGGCUUUCUGCCUGGAGAGAGACCUUACCCUGGAAGAAGAAAUAGAGGCGGGGAACAUCUACAUCGCAGACUACGAGGUGCUGGAGGGCAUCACCCCCAACAGCACGGACCCCUGUACCAUGCAGUACCUGGCCGCGCCCAUCUGUCUGCUCUACAGGACGGUGGGGAGCAAGAUCCUCCCCCUGGCCAUACAGUUGAGUCAGGUGCCUGGCGAGAAUGCCCCCAUCUUCCUGCCCAGCGACAGUCAGGACGACUGGCUGAUCGCAAAGAUCUGGGUGCGCUCGGCCGACUUCCACGUGCAUCAGACCAUCACCCAUCUCCUGAGGACCCACCUGAUGUCCGAGAUGUUCGGAGUGGCCAUGUUCCGACACCUUCCCGCCGUCCACCCCGUCUACAAGCUGCUUGUGCCACACAUCCGCUACACCAUCGCCAUCAACACCAAGGCCCGGGAACAGCUCAUCUGCAAGUUCGGCAUCUUCGACAAGGCCAAUGGCACAGGUGGAGGUGGACACGUCCAGCUGAUUCAGAAAGCCAUGAAGACCCUCACCUUCAAGUCUCUGUGCUUCCCCGACUCCAUCAAGGCCCGCAAUAUGGAGAGCGUGGAAGAGCUUCCCACUUACUUCUUCAGGGAUGACGGCAACAAAGUAUGGGAUGCCACCAAGAGCUUCGUGUCAGAUGUGGUGAACAUUUACUACGCCAGCGAUGGGGUCGUACAGAAAGACGAGGAGAUCCAGGCCUUUGUCAAAGACGUGUUCAACUUCGGCAUGCAGGCCUCUGAAUCCUGUGAGUUCCCAGAGUCCCUGAAGACCCAGGAGGAGCUGACUGAGUAUCUGACUGUGGUCAUCUUCACAGCCUCCUCCCAGCAUGCUGCUGUCAACUUUGGACAGUACGACUGGUGCUCCUGGAUCCCCAACGCCCCCUCAACCAUGCGCAAGCCCCCGCCCACCGAAAAGGGCGUGGCGGACGUCAAGCUGAUCAUAGAGAGCCUCCCCGACCGCGGGCGGUCCUGCUGGCACCUGGGGGCUGUGUGGGCCCUCAGCCAGUACCAGGAGAACGAGCUGUACCUGGGCAUGUACCCUGACGAGCACUUCAUCGAGCAGCCAGUGAAGGAGGCCAUGAAAAAGUUCCGGAAGGUCCUGGCCGGGAUAAGCACGCUCAUAAAGCUGAGGAAUCAGGGGAAGAGGCUGCCAUACUACUACAUGUCACCAGAUAAGAUCCCAAACAGUGUUGCCGUGUGAAGGACCAGAAGGUUCUUCCAACAGUGGGACAGAAGACCAUGUUUCCAUUUUUAUUUUAUUUUUUACAUAUUAACGGUCUUUGGUAGAAAUAAUUUGAGAAUUUCUUUGCUGCCAAAUUUGCUACUGUAGAAUUAAUUUAAAGGUGCUGUUAUUCCGCUUUUCGUCUAUAAUAGUCUAUUCAAUCUUUUUUAAUAAACAAUUGUUCGGCGAGUACCUUUGAUUUCAACGGGUCGGUUAUGUUUUUUCAGGUUGAAGUUAUUUCAAAAAAUAUUUACAUCUCCUUUAAAUAAGGCUGUAAAUGUACAUAGUGUAUAUGUAUGUGGGUGUGUCAAAUGUACUUACAUUUGCAUAGAUAUUCAACAGCUAUCAUCUACAGCAUAAACAUUAUGCUGCACCAUUGAUUAGAGGACAAUGAUCAACCACUGAUUAGAGGAACUCAUUUUAGCCUACUAUCUAUUCGCAUGAAUCCUCAGGAACAAAACAAAAUAGAACACAUGUACUAUUAUAUCCAACUUAUCUAGAUGGCCUAUAUGGCCACCAUAACUUUGCAUUUUUCAAACCUUGAAAAAUAAAUAUCUGGCAGUUACAACAACACUUUAAGAGUUUCUGCAUUUUUAUUAGAUCGUUUUUUAAUUCUACAUACUUCUGUUCAAACAUGGGAAAUGAUAUUGAAACACAUCAAUAUUUCAUUUAAAAAACGUAAAAUUACUUUUACCAAAUCUUUUUUUAAAUUUUUACAGUUACUAUGCCAAAGAAAAAUUCACAGACAAACGUGUGGAAUGAUAUAAGACAGGGGAACAGUCGUGUAUGCGCCAGUUCGGUCAGUAGUAAAAAUAAACCGUAGUUGUAUGCAAGUCACACUCUCCCAGACACAAAGAAAAUCGAAAUUAAGUUAUACGCGUGGUUGAAAAAAAUAAAAAAAUAAAAUUGACCUCUGAAGGUGCAUUUAGGCCCUGAUUCGUUUUGUCUUCUGGAAGCAAAAAUAAAAUAAACAGAAGGUUAGAGCUGUUGACUAGCAUGAUCAUAUUUGUGGCUGAUGGCUUAAUGUUAUACAUAUUUUAGGCUGUCUGGGUUCAUAAAAGAAAAAAUGUAAAGGAGCCAGCUCCUAUAAUCACAAAAAACAUAUCUAAAAUAAAAACCAAAUCAACAGGUAUUUUUUUAAGUUAAAGUAAAGAAAAUCAAACAUGUCUGACAUAAUUGAACACGAGACAGUGACAAACAUACCCAAUCUGCUUCAAGGGCUACAUUAUGAACCAAUAGUGUCCAAAAGGUGGACACAUAAUACUCUAUUAUACACUAUUGCCUUCAUAACAAAAAAUAAAGCGAAAAAGAAAAUAUGAACGAGGACUAAUGCCUGAGAGGUUACGUGAAAGUUGCAUACAAUUACGAUUACACAGGAUGUUUUACUUUUUAAAAUAAAUACUACACAGUUAAGCAAUAAUCAUAUAUAAUAUAUAAUUACUAUUAUAUAAUUGUAUAUUAUAUAAUAAUUAUAUAAGUCUCUGAGCUUCAAAACACCAGUAAAUGACUAUAGAAUAGAACCACAACAAAAGGGUAAUUGCACUUUUUUUUUGUCCGUGUAACUGCACAGAGCCUCAUGGGAGUUCACGUCUGGGAGCAUCUUCACCACUUCUCGGAUCUUGAUCCAACGUGUGUGUCAUCAACAACACACAACUCUCUGGGCUCAUCACGACUUCACCGAUGAAAGACUCUGGAUUCCCAAGUCAUUGAGGGGGGCAUGUACAUAAAUACAGUAUGCAGUACUGAGAAACAAAGCGCCGGUUGUUUUCCUUCAGCAGUACUACUACGACUACUUGUUAUCUUGGACCGUUGUUAGUUUUAUGAACAGUGUCCUGGUAUCAAAGAUGUUUGUAAAAAUGUAUGUUAACUGGAAUGGUUGUUAGGCUCAACAUGAGCCUGGAAUUGCUGUGCUCCCAAAUACACAAAAGCACUUUGCGACAGACUGUAAGCCCAAAACACAUCAUCUCGAGAAAUCCACCGCUCCCCUCUGCUAUAACUGUAACUCAACUUGACCAGUAGGUGGCGACAGAGACAUCUUACGUCCAGCUGCACCUGCUGCAUUAGGGGGGCUAGCAGUAACAUAGGUAGGCUACCAACUGCCAUCACACAUUGCGUUGCAGGAGGAAAAUAUAUUUCGAUUUUAAUAUUAUUCGCUGAUUGGUAAAAAUUAACCCUCCGUUGUUAUCCAACGCUAUUCAAAUUUUAUAAAAAUGGUAAAAAUACAGUGAAAUGAGUCAUCAUCAGUCUAUCAAUGAUGCUUGCUUACCCAUCAUAUAUAUAUAUAUAUAUAUAUAUAUAUAUACACACACACACAAUAGUCUCUGCAAGACUUGUAGAGUAAAAGGCUUAACCCGGGGAGAGGGACCACACACAUCACCUUGUGAUCUCUGGUUCAACAGCAACGUGCACUUUCUCCACGUGUCACAGGACCCCUGGGGUGAAACGCGAUCCCCCCGUUCAGGGUGCAACGGAUCCCUCAACUCAUCUUAAAAAAUACAUGCGGGGCAACGCGGCGUGUGCUCAACAUAUCAGCUGUCCGCCUCAUGCAUGACCCUUUUGUGUCAAACAAAGCU